AACUGCUAAAACUGAAUAUAGUGCAGGGUAACAACUGUGAUACACCGCUAUUAAAAAAAGUGCAGAAUAGACUGUUAAAAAUUAGUAUAGUGCAGGGUAACUCCAGUAGCAUAGUCUAUGAAAGUACACUGUAUGCAUUAGUAUCUGUCCUGCAGACCGUCCUCCAUUGUCCCCGUCCUCCUUUGUUUUAAAAAAAAAAAAAAAAACUGUAGGGGCCAAACUAGCUUUACUUUCCUUUUCCAGUCUUGGUAUAACAAGACUGUAUUGCGCAUGCGCAGUCAGUCCUCCUCGGUACUCUGGUAAUGGCUGCUAGGUGAGAUGAGCGGAUCGGCCUCAUCCUUUGAGCGUGAGGCGCUUGCAACAAGAGGACCGUUAACUCGGGCGGUGCCGAGUUAAAAAAAUGGUCGAUAUCCGACCCGAAAAGCAUCCCAAAAAAGUUGUACAUAUUGCGAACGUCGUCCUUCAAAUUGCACCCACUGUUAACACCCCUUCUUAGUGGUCAGUUCUGCCUGCCGAUCAGAGGUUAAGCUGCGGCCAUGGCAGUGAAGGACCGUGUAGAGGCGGUGCUCAAUGUGGGUCUGCGUGUUCCCAGCAUCAUGCUGCUGGAUGUCCUGUACCGCUGGGACGUCAGCUCCUUCUUCCAGAAGAUCCAGCGCUCCAGCCUCUCCAACAACCCCCUGUUCCAGUACAAGUACCUGGCACUCUACCUGCACUACGUAGGUUACAUCCUGAGCUUGGUGCUCCUGACUCUGCCUCGUCAGCACCUGGUUAAACUCUACCUGUAUGUCCUUACGGCCCUGUUGCUGUUUGCUGGUCACCAAGUCUCAAGGGAUUAUGUCCGCAGUGAACUGGACUCUGGCCAUGAAGGACCUGUCUACCUGGAACCUCUCUCCAUGAACAGAUUCACCACUGCACUCAUAGGUCAGCUGGUGGUGUGUACACUAUGCUCCUGUGUGAUGCAGACCAAGAGGAUCUGGCUUUUCUCUGCUCACCUCCUCCCUCUGGUGGCCAGACUGUGUCUGAUCCCGCUGGAGACCAUCGUCUUCAUCAAUAAGUUCUCCAUGAUCUUUACAGGCCUGGAGGUCAUUUACUUCCUGGCUUCUAACUUGUUGGUACCAUACAACCUGGCCAAGACUGCCUACAGGGAGCUGGCUCAGGUGGUGGAAGUGUACGGGCUGCUAGCUUUGGGUAUGUCUCUAUGGAACCAGCUCGUCCUUCCAGUUCUCUUCAUGUGUUUCUGGCUACUGCUGUUCGCUUUGCAGAUCUACUCCUACUUCAGCACCAGAGACCAGCCUACCUCAAGGGAGAGGCUCCUUUUCCUCUUUCUUACCAGUAUUGCAGAAUGUUGUAGUACACCGUACUCUUUGCUGGGUCUGGUUUUCACCGUCUCCUUCAUCGCUUUGGGAGUUCUCACACUCUGCAAAUUCUACUUGCAAGGUUACAGAGCCUUUAUGAAUGACAACACCAUGCACAGGGGGAUGACGGAAGGCAUCACCCUGCUGAUCCUCGCUGUCCAGACUGGCCUCAUCGAGCUUCAAGUCAUCCACCGAGCCUUCCUGCUCUCCAUCAUCCUCUUCAUUGUUGUUGCUUCCAUCCUGCAGUCCAUGCUGGAGAUAGCUGACCCCAUAGUUCUGGCCCUGGGAGCAUCAAGAGACAAGAGUUUGUGGAAGCACUUCAGAGCAGUGUCUCUGUGUCUGUUCCUGCUGAUCUUUCCAGCCUACAUGGCCUAUAUGAUCUGUCAGUUUUUCCACAUGGACUUCUGGCUACUCAUCAUCAUCUCCUCCUCCAUCCUCACAUCGCUGCAGGUCCUCGGCACUCUGCUAAUCUACAUUCUCUUCAUGGUGGAGGAGUUUCGAAAGGCUCCAGUAGAGAACAUGGAUGAAGUUAUCUACAUUGUCAACGGGACGUACAGAUUACUGGAGUUCCUGGUUGCGGUGUGCGUGGUGUGCUACGGCGUGUCGGAGACGGUAUUUGGGGAGUGGAGCGUGAUGGGCAGCACUAUCAUCCUGGUCCACUCGUAUUAUAACGUCUGGCUCAGAGCCCAGCUGGGCUGGCAGAGCUUCCUGCUCAGAAGAGAUGCUGUAAACAAGAUCAAAAGCCUCCCCACGGCCAGCAACACACAGCUGGAACAGUACAACGACAUCUGUGCUAUCUGCUACCAGGACAUGAACAGUGCUGUGAUCACUCCAUGCAGUCAUUUCUUCCACGCUGGCUGUCUAAAGAAAUGGCUUUAUGUCCAGGAGACAUGCCCCCUCUGUCACUCGCAACUCAAGAGCCAAUCACCAACCACCAACCAAGACGCCCCGGCAGCCAAUCAGAGCCCUGCAGGGCAGGAAGUAGCCGCGGCGGAUAAGAAGCAGAAAGAUGACACUCCUCCAGAUGAUGUGAAGGAGGAGGAGGGAACAGGAGAGCAGGAAGGGGUUAAUGGACCUGCCAUGUCAGCUGGAGAAACCCCCUCCUCCUCUGGUGUUUCUUCUAGUCCCCAGCACCUGGCUAAGACUCCAUCAUCAUCAUCAUCAUCUUCUUCUUCUUCCCCACUUGUGACUGAAUCUCAGAAUCAGUCCCUCACAGAUCAUCCUUCUUCGUCUUCCUCCUCCUCCUCUGACACAUUGGACAUGCCCCCCUCUCCUCCAUCUCUCUCCUCCUCCCUACAGCCACUGGCCCAGGCAGAGAUGGCCCCUGCUGAGCCCGAGCCCACCCCUCAGCUAAACCCAGGCUUCCUAUUGGACAGCCAGGAGUCCUCUACUGGUCCGUCAUCACAGCUUGACCAGCACACCUCCCCUUCUGAGGAACAGUCGCCUCGUCCUUGCAGCCUCUGAGCCCCCUCCAUCGUAACACACACGACAUACGUGCAUGCACAUAUAAACACACAAUCUAAAUACUCCCAUCUGCCAAUAUUCUGCCUAUAUUCUACUUGUCCAGCGGUUGGCUAUCCCAUCAUGUCAGAAAUUCAACUCUGAACCUCUCUAUAUGAAUUUUGAGUAAAGAAAAUGCAAAACAAUCUCUCAGAUGAUCGAAACAGUUCAUCUAAAUGUGUUUUACAUGACGAGUUCAUGCCAGCAAUGAUUUCAUUUUCCAUUCAACACAAAAAGGGGAAAGCAGUAAUCUCAUCUCAAAAAAAACAAUUGGUACAUCAUGUCCACGAAAUGUGAAGCCCUGAAUGAAACUGAAGUACCGCAUCACUCCUAGCUUUUGACAUUUAUAUUCGACCUGGGAUGACAUUUCUAAAAAAUCAUGCUUAUGCCCUUCUCAUUUCAUGUGAUGGUUGCUCCCAUCACGCCUUUUUGUUUGUGCAGCUUCACUCUCGUCGCUGUACACGUCACAGUAUUUGGGUUUUCUCCGUAGUCCUGUAUGUGCCAAGAUCUAACGAGGAAUGGGUGCGAGGUUCAGAGAGCGAUCUUAAACCGUGACAAAGUCGUGACAUUUCAUAAAGUCUACAGAUCCAUCGGUUUUGAUAAAGAUUUUUGGUUUCCACCGUUGGACGACAGUAGCUACGUGUAUUAACAGAAGACUGAAUGUUGUUUCUUGAGGCCAUCACGGGACCUGAAGCCUGGUGCUACGCAGAGGAUACAUAGUGUGGUCUAUUUUAAGUGUUAACAGUGUGAACAAAUCAAAGGGUUCACAUGGGAGAUCUAAUUCAUUUCAUCGUGUCAAGCUUUCUCCGUUUUACUGCUUCAACAUUUGAAUCAAACUUGUUUGGCUGGUCCCAGCAAAAACAGUUCUACUCCUCAUCGCCAAACUUUUGUAUUACUGCUAAAUGAGAUGUUAUUUUUAAAAUAAUUUUUACAUUAUUGGACAGUGCAGACGGACUGAAAACAAGGGAGAGAAACACAGAGGAGGGAGUUUGUGUUUUCAGCAUUGUGAGAAUGUGAAGGGUAAAUUAGCCCACAGAGCCGGCGAGGAGCUCAAACUUCAUUCAAGGUACUCAAUCCGUGCUCAUCUUCCCGAGCUCAGCUGACUUACAAACGCAUCCAACCGGUCCCAUUUAACCAUUAACCCCAGUUUGCAAUGGAGCCAGCGCUUGUUGAGACUCUUUCAUGGCAGGAGCCGAUCACCUCGCUCCAUCCAGCUCCUUUAUAAACCAAUCACAUUUUCUAAAGACCCUCAUUAUCCUCCUGCUGCUCAGUCACUCCAUGUAAUGUUACUACCAGCAAAUUGAACCGUUUGAUAGGAAAGCUUGUUUUUUUUCUCCACAUGCUAGCACUCUCUCUCUGUCGGCUUAGCAAAUGAGGCCAGACGGGGAGAAGUGUGUGUAAGAGUGUUUAUUGAAAGACUUGAGAAUGCCGAGUCCUGAUGCACGCUUAUAUGUAGAGCUUGCACGCUGCCACUGUUACCAUAGCAUUUAUUUGUUUGUCUCCAAUGUGCUCUAACCUUGCUACCAAUUUUUUUUUUCUGACAUUUUUUCUUUUCUUUUUUUUUGGGAUGGGGGUGGGCGGGGUUGCAUUUGCACUAAUGUCAUUUAUACUAGCAACGCUCCAAAGCUGUUCUGUGGCUGUCAGCAACCAAAUACCCUCUGAUGUGUUUGUGUACGAGGAAACAGCCCACUCUAUCUGUGUGUAAUGUAUAUAAAUGUUGCUCUGUAUGGCAUCUAAAGUAUAUUAAACCAGAGGAGUGUCGAUAUAUAAAUACGAUCAGGGGCUCGGUUUCUCCAAAGCUUCCCGGUGGUUUGGUGUUCUUUGUCACUUUACAUGCCUGUGAACAAAGACAUUGGCUGAGAAGCUUGCGGGGAAACCAGCCCUCUGAUCUUGCGAGACCAGCCAGUGUUACUGCGCCUCCGGUCUGUAUGAAGCGCCCUCGAGCUGGUGUGAUCACUCCGGUGCCCUCUACUGUUAGGAGUGGGAUCAGCACGGCGCGGACGGACAGGGGGCGCAUUAGUUAACCCUCAACAGUAUUACUUACUACCACUAUAACUAAAGGUCUUAUUACUAUGAAUGACUUUAUUGUUGAUAUUGGAAAGCGUUGGCCGCAGGGCUGAGAAUGAAUACAUAAUCAAUGUAGGAUCAAACCGGGCCAACGCUCUUUAACUGUGUUUAUUUUCUUUUUUAAGAGAUGAAAUGUAGAGUUUGAUGUAUUUUGCACAUGUUCCUCUGAAAGGUGAACAUAAGGACUUUCUGUAUUCAUUCUCAUUUUUAUUAUCAGCUCCAUUCCUUCGACUUUGAUGUAAAGCAAAGCACUUGAAAUGGUUACAAAGAUUUAAACGGCCUCACACACACGGUUGAAUUUUCAUUGUGGAGCAUUUGAACUGUGUCGAGCAGAGCGAUCACCUGCAAAUGCUCCACAAGGUGAGAGUCAUCAUUGGCAACUGUAUGUGAACCUGCAGUGCAGUAUCAAGUGAUGAAUAAGUGGCAGAGGAGCCUGUGAGCUGUUGAUUCCACAUGUAUUUGCUUAGUUUAUACUCCAUGUUGGAGAAAUUGCAGUUGUUGCGGUCACUCUCCAAGCUACAUAUGAACUGUGACAUAUCUUUUCAUACUGUCUGGGACAGUUUAGCAUCAAAUAUCUUCAAUUUAAGCUCAAUAUAUAUUUAAUAUCUGACUAGAUAACCAUAGAAAGCUUGUGGAAGUUACAUUUUGCACAGCUUUUCAAUCUUUAAAUGCAUUUUUUUUGCAUUGCAGUGCAUCUCUGGUAUUUCAGCUGUCGGAUUGACUUCAUGUAAAAUGCAUCAAUGACUGUUUAGACAAGUUGUCUGUGAGCUAUUGUGCCAAGCAAAUGCAUGAACUCUUAAAUUCUGCUCCACAUAUUGAGCAACAUUAAUUUAAUUUACGCAGCAGCUCCUCCUGUCAGCUGUGAGUUAGCGUGUUAAGAUUGUAAAAUGGUACAUUUGCCAUCAAUCCAUGUCAGUUAACACAAGGGCUAUCAAAGUUAACGCAUUAGUAAUGUGUUAACUAAUGCUUGAGUUUGCCAUUUUACGAUUUGAGCAUAUUUUUAUGCUAAAUGCAGUACCUGUGAGGGUUUCUGGACAGUAUUUGUCGUUUUGUGUUAUAUGAUUUCAAAUAUUUCAUAAAUUUGCAUAAAGCAGCAUAUUUUGCAGCAUAUUUGCCCACUUGAUAAGAGUAGUAAAUACUUGACAAAUCUCCCUUUAAGGUACAUUUUGAACAGAUACAAAAUGUGAUUAAUUUGCGAUUAACUAUUUUAAUGGAUUGACAGCCCUAGUUAACACAUAAGUAAUAUUAAAUUACUGCUCUUGAUUGACUUGCUGGUAGAAUAACACUAUAAAAACAAGCCAAAGUAACCAGGAUUAAUUAUGAACACCUAUAGUUGAAAUCAAUCCCUCAUCUGAAAUCCAGAUGUUUCUUUGACAAUACUUUGCAAAAUCAUUACUGUAUAACACUGAACAUGUAAGCAAAUAUUCUGAUGGAAUAGAUAGCUGCCACAGAGCACUCUGAACACAUAUUUCUUUUCUGAAUGCAUUUUUAAUGAGCAUUUUAGAAAAGAACUGCACUGCUGUCCAAUGCUAUUGCCUCUGACUAACAGAUGUUCAUGUUCAGGGCAGUUCUGACCGACACGCCCCGACAGAGAUUUGUUAAUUUUUGUGUCUUCUUCUGUCUCAUAAGUUUUUCCACACACACACAUUUAGGACCUGCUCUGUAAGACUCUGAAUGCCAGUCGUAUUCUGUUAAAAAGCUCCACGGUUGGUUUUGGACUUGCCUUGGUUAUUUUACAAAAAUUGAAUGUCAGAAAUAAAAUGAACCAUCCACUCUGGA